GGUGCCAUGGGGGACGAGGCGCAGCUCCCCUCGGGCAGCCCGGCCCUGCAGAAGCCGCCUUACACCUACGCGGCUCUCAUCGCCAUGGCCAUCCGGGCCAGCCCCGAGCAGCGCCUGCCGCUCAGCGGCAUCUACAGCUACGUCUCGGGCCGCUUUCCCUAUUACCGCCGCGGCCCUAAGGGCUGGCAGAACGGCAUCCGCCACAACCUCAGCCUCAACCCCUGCUUCCUCCGCCUGCCCCGCCGCUCCGGCGCCCCGCACCGCGGCGGCGAAUGGGCUCUGGAUCCCGCUUUCCAGGACGCGUUCCCGGGGGGCGAUCGCCGCCGCCGCCGCCGCUCGAUCCAACCUCCGCCGCCGCUCCCCUGCUGUCCGUGCGCUGCCCGCCCCGCUCUGCCCCGCGGCUGCCGCUGCUCCGAGCCGCCCGCCUGGAGCCCGCCCUGCCGCUCUGGUGCCCGACAAGCGCUGCUCACCUGGAGCCCGUCCUGCUUCCCGGGCUGCCAACGAGGGCCGCCCGCCUGGAGCCCGCCCUGCUGCCCGCCCUGCUGCCCGGAGUCCCCGCAAGCGCUGCCCGCCUGGAUCCCGGGCCCGAGCCCAGCGCUGCCCGCCGGUAGCUCGGCUUCGUCCCCGCUGCAGCCCGCCUGGCCGCUGUCCGGCGUCGCCUCUGCUGCUGUCCAGUGCCCGCCCGAGCCGGGCUCCCACCGCCCUUUGGCUGCCAGCAGGGCCCCGGUGCUGCCUUGAGGCUUCCAGGUUCCGUCCUGCCCAUUUUCGUGGUGAUGCGACUUGUAGAGUCCCCAUCCGUCAGAAGAUUGGUCUGGAAGAUCCUUGUUGGUUGAGCAGAGCCCUGUUGCGUUGCAGUGGCUGAGAUGUGCUGCCGUGUUUCACAGAGCUGUCUGUGAGAUAUCUGCACUACAGACAUUUGUCAGUUCAGAUUUAUUGGUGUUUGAGCUUAGGACCACCCUAAAGGGGGCUGCAGAGCUUUGGCAGGCUCACCUGUGGGUUGUCUUCUUGAAUCUGGAAGUAUACAGAAGCCAAGGGAUGCCAGUCCUUGUGCAAGUGAAAUUUGGCUUUGCUACAGGCACAUUUUUGCAAGUGUCCUUAAACUCAUUAAGUCAUUCUUGAGCUUUCAUUUCAAGCUUUUAUAUAUACAUAUACAAAUGGUAUAUGUACUUUUCAGUUUGAUAGAGAAAAAAAAUAACCAACCCACAAAGAUCUUUGAAGUAAUGCUGGGAAUCUGAUUGCUUUGUAUUUAAAGCAGAGCAAUAUGAGGUUUUGUAUACAGCCAAGGUUUAUUUUGUAUUGCUGCUUCUUACAGAUGUUUGCACACAUUUGUUCUUAACAUUUUCCUUCUAAGUGAUGCUCUGUUUUAUGAGGAUGUUUUCCCCUUUUAAUUUCAGUCAUUUCUGUGCUUCCCCCUAAAAAUAAGGCUCAGGGACAAAGUAUGCUUCCAGUAAGGGCUGUAUUUCGGUUUGUUAAGGAAAAGUUCAAAUACAGUUUGUGCAGAGCCAGCACUUUGUCAUACUGAUGUUUUAUGAACUGUUCAAUACUCCUUGUAGGAGCUCAUGGUUUCAGAAAGCACUUGGAACUGAUUUUUUGUUCAUCCUUAGAGAAGUUGGGGUUUAAACCUGGAUUUGCAGUUUGUAUUUUGCAUUUUCUUGUACUUAAGAAACUAUUCUGGACAUUGCCUUUAAAUGAAGGCAAUGAAACAACUGUUGCAUGUUGAAGCUGGCAGUCGUUCUGUAUGUAAGGACAACAAAGACCUCUAGAGUUUUGUUCUGGAGAAGUGUUUUGGUCCCUGUUGUGGUUUAGGCCAUAUAUGAAUAAUGCACGUUUGUGAAACCAUUGCUGCUGUGUUUGGGGUCUGAAGUUUGACCUCUGGACAGUCAUUAAUUCCACUGUGCACAAUGAUUACGAAAAUAAGAAGAGUUUCUGAAAGUUGGUGUUUGUGUGUGUGCUUCUCACCUUGUUUUUCCAGCUGAGUUGUGUUUCCUUGCUACUUAGCAUGACUUCACAUCACUGGUUUACAUGCUGG